AUGUCUCCAAUUCUAGCUGGGUUUGCUUACACUAUGCUUGAUGUAAUUUGCCUUAAGAUGGAUAUGGAUGUGGCUGAAAUGAAGGUUGUUCGCCAAACAAUUGAAGUGGGAACCCAAACUGCUACUACAUUGAAGGGUCAAGUGAGUAUAAAUCGCCAAGCAUCUCCAUUUUUUUGUUGGUCUCGCAUUUUGCCAACUCUGAUGUCUAUAUCUCAUCAAUCUCGAACUUGUGCAGCUGAACAAAUGGGUCGUAUUGUUAAUGAACUUGAUACAAUUCAGUUCUCUAUCAAAAAAGCCUCUCAGCUUGUGAAGGAGAUUGGUAGGCAGAUUAUGCAUCCCAACAAUAAAAGCAUCAGAGAUAUCCCCGGAUUGGCUCCUCCAGCUCCGACAACAAGGAGAUUGUUGUAUCUGAAGGCUGGGGAAACAGUUUGA